AUGGCCUGGAGACGGCUGCUCAUGGCCUCCUGUCUCUCAGCUGCUGUGCUCCUGACCAUGCUGCAGGAGGGGACUGGUGCAUCGAUGGGUACCCGGCAGGUGGCAGGACAAGAGGCCCAGGAAGGGGAGUAUGUGGAACAGAAGAUUUUCAUGCAAGAAUCAGAUGCCUCAAAUUUCCUCAGGAAGCGCGGCAAGCGGUCCCCCAAAUCCCGAGACAAGGCCAACGUGGAGAAGAGGCAGAAGCUGCGGGCUGAUGAGCUGCAGAGAGAGUAUUACGAGGAACAAAGGAACGAGUUUGAGAACUUCGUGGAGGAGCAAAAUGACGCCCCUAUGCUGGCGGCUUAG